AUGAUGGACACAAUAGACUCCGUCUCCUCCAAACCCCUCGCCGGCACCGUCGACCCAUUGCCGCCCCUCCAGUCCCGAAUCAUAGACGACAAGUCCCCCCUCUGCAUCCCUUUUAUCUUGUCCAAAAUCGCCGAGUACAACGCGGUUCACGCCAACGAAGCGAACCCGCGCCCUUUCGUCAUUGGAUUGAAUGGCGUCCAAGGAGUGGGCAAGACGACGCUGGUCAAAGCGCUUGCGGAAACACUGCAAGAGAGGGAAGGACUGAAUACCCUGGUGGUGUCCAUUGAUGAUUUUUAUCUGACGCAUGAGGAUCAGUUGAAGCUGGCGGAGGAGCAUAGUGAUAAUGCGCUGGUGCAGUAUCGGGGGGAACCUGGAACGCACGACCUCCCCCUCCUCACUUCCUUCCUCUCCUCCAUAACCUCCCACAAUCCCACCCACCUCCCGCGCUACCUCAAAUCCGCCCACCAAGGCCUCGGCGACCGCGCCCCGGCCUCCACCUUCCCACCGAUAAACGACCCCUCCCUCUCCCGGCCCGAACACACCAACAUCCGCGUGCUGCUCCUCGAAGGCUGGCUAACCGGCUUCCGCUCCCUUCCCGCCUCCGUCAUCCAAAGUAAAUACCUCGACAUAUCGCACCACCGCACCUUAUCCCAUCACAAACUCGAGCAUCUCCUCUUUAUCAACGAUCAACUAAAAGGGUAUGAGCCGGUGUGGGACCAGUUUGAUGCAUUCAUCCAUAUUGAUACCCAAAAUCUGGAGUGGGUGUAUGAGUGGCGGCUGGAACAGGAGGAGCAGAUGCGGAGGGAGAUGCCGGGGGGAGUGGGCGGGAUGGGCAAGGAGAUGGUGAAGAAGUUUGUUGAUGGGUAUUUUCCUGCUUAUGAGCUUUAUGAGGAGGGGGUUAGACGUGGGGUGUUUGAAGGGGACGAAACCAAAAGGGGGAGGCAGUUGAGGAUUGUGGUGGGGAGGGAUAGGGGGGGUUGUGGAGAGUAUGGUUAUUUGAGAGGGGAGUUUGGAAGGGGGUGUUGGUGGUUUUGA